AUGAAGUCUUUAACCGUUUCAUUGUUCUGUGCUGCUGUUGUUGUUGCAGCGGUAAACGGAGACGAGUUAGAUCCACAUUUUAAAGAGUAUCUAGGGUUUCACAGAGAAUGCCAAAAGUCUACCAAUACAGAUCCAGACGAAGUUGCCAAAAUAUUUAAUGGAGGACCAAUAAACGCCAAAGUAUUAGGUCCUGAAGUGUUAUGUGUACACAAAAAACUUAAAUUUCAAAACGAUAACGGAGAUAUUAAUCUGGAUGAAUUAAGAAAAGCCUUAGAUUUAUUUAAAGCUUCUGAGAGCCAAGCUGAUUCAGUAAUCGAUAACUGUACAACUAGAAAAGAAGGAGAUACACCCGAAAAUUCUGCGAUGGAAAUUUUAUUUUGCGUUGGAAAAUACAUAACAAUAAAACUUCCUGAUAAUAUAAACGGGGCUGUGUUAAAUUCAGCUGCACAGUAUCCAAAGUUCUACAACGAAUGCAAAUCCUCUACCAAUACAGAUGAAAAGGAAAUUGAAAAAAUAUUUAACGGCGAUCCAAUAGAAGCUAACGUAGUAGGUGAUCAUUUGCUGUGUAUGUACAAUAAAUUUAACAUUGGAAACGAUAACGGAGAUAUUGAUCAAGAACAGUUUAGAAAGGCCUUAGCUGCAUUCACCCCAGCACAGGACAAACAUGAUCUAGUUCUCAAAAACUGUUUAGUUAAAAAAGGAGCCACGCCCCAAGAAGUAGUAGUGGAACUUGUUAAGUGUACUCGAAAUUACGUAACUGACGCUGUAUUGAAUCCAGAUAUUGCACAGUAUCAACAGUUCAGGCAAGAAUGCAUAUCUUCCACCAAUACAGAUCCAAAGGAAAUUGCCAAAGCCUAUCAAGGCGGGCCAUUAAAAAUUGAAGUAUUAGGUGCUUACUUGCUUUGCAUGAACAAGAAAUAUAACAUUCGUAAUGCGAACGGAGAUAUUGAUCAAGAAAAUUUAAGAAAAAGCUUACGUGUAUUCAACUCAUCUGAGGACAAAACUGACAUAGUUGUCACAAACUGUUCAGUCAAGAAAGAAGGAGCCACACCCCAAGAAGUAGCUGUGGAAUUUGCAAAAUGUAUUCGAAAAUACGUCCCAACAGAAGCUCCAAAGGCUGACGCUGUUUAA